UUUUUACCGUGUAUGUAUCUUUCAUUCAAAUUGAAAACAUACAGUGAAGAAAUGUUUCUUACUCUGUUCUGAGCCGACGGAAUCGUAAAUCCAUGUUCUUCAUUUAAUGCUCCUAUCCCCCCAGUCUAUCUUUCAGCCCUAGCCUAAUAUAAUAAUCCGUGAAGUAGCUCUCAGGAACCUUUGAUUAUUAUAGGGGUUUAUUCAUCUCAUUGUAUGUUUUAUAGCAUAGGUUUGCUUGUCUUUAAAACAAACUUCUCUGUCAGUAUAGGAACCGGGGGGAUUCCCUUAUACGGUGGAUUGUACGGGGGACUGGCUCCGCCUGAAAGCGAUACCAUUUUAUAGUGUAAGAAAACGACGGGAAAUUUUCGAUUUUAUUUUAACAGGUAUUUUGAAAGCUUUUUCAAAACAUCUCGAACAAACUCACCUUACGGUUAAUGAAUGCACUAGAUCUACUGUGGUUGUAUGAAAGGCGUACCGUUUUUCUAAGGAGGCACAGUAUGAAAGAGUCUCCUCUUCUGUCAAAAAUGACCAAAAAUGACGCGGAGCCUCCGCGUACGAAACUUUGUUAGGUACCUCGCCCCCUCUUCCCCUCACAGCUGCGCCAAGGAAUCUCGGUUUGCGUUUACUAAUAAGUUGUUGUUUGCCGUGUGCUGAAGCCUUCAGCCUGAAGGAAACAAUCACUGACUUAAUCAGUAACUUCGUAGGUGAAAUUUAUUCCACCUUUUACAAAUUACUUGUCGGUAUCGCCGAUUUGCUGAACGAAAAAGUUGCACCGGUGCGCGAUUUACAAUCGUCCAGCGUGAACGUCGAAAUAAACGACUUUCAAACUAGUAAAUUCAUCACGGACGUGUUUUGCGUGAAAAAAAAAAAACAGAUCAAAUAUUUAGAUAGUUGGAUCUUAAGCUGUUGACUCUGUCAACAAAUAACUGCCGAUUAAUUUCCCUUUAUCACUUUCAAGUUGAUGAAUAGCUAAGUGUUUCACUUGCCCGUCGAUCCAUUCGACAGUUUCUUAGAAACUAAUACCUGCAGUCUCAAUUCUUUGAAAUCAAUGCAGAGUCAUAUAAGAGUUCCCCUUUUAAUGGCGCAAAGUAGCACUGGUAAAAAUGUCUGAGAAAAACCUAAAAUUCCCAUGAUUUCAAAGACGUUUGGGCAUGAGAAUUGUCCACUCGCCUACUAACUUCAAUUCCAGGCUUCACCGUCAUUUCUCUUAGCACUGUUGAGAUAUGGUGCUGUAUCUAGUAUUAACAUUUCAACUGUGUGCGUCUUGCUGAACUUGAGAUUAUAGCAUAAAAAGUCACGUUUAGCAUCAAUGAGGGAAGCCUUUAGAAUCAAGGAAAUAGCUAAACCAGAGCAAAUAAAACACGUACCAGUGUAGGUGCUUUCCAAUACGUUCAGCAAAUUUUUUACGCUCAAAGAAAUAACACGCACAUCUGCACACCCAACUGCACUGAUGAGGAAGUUUCAGUAAAGCUUGGCUGAUGGUAUAAAUUCGAUCUUUUACAAAGUAGAUUCAGUCAGAAAUCGUCGGUUUACUGAACAAAGAAGCUCUUCACGAUGUUUCAUUUAGUUGCAAAGAUAUUCCUCGGCUGGUUUUGAGUUUUAUCGUUUUUCUAGUGUCCGCCAGAAACUUUGCAGAGUCCAGAGACGCAAUUCAAGGUCUCGACUUAGAGAAGUACAGCGAGCCUGAAACAGGUCAAAGGCUGUUACUACUACAACAAUACGCUAGGUAUCUGCUUCGAUGUUCAGCAGCAUUCAAUGAGGCUUCUGAAGACUACUGGAGAAAACAUUUUUGUUGACCAAGAUCUUUAUCCGGACUCUUUCUUCUACCAAGUACUGGAUCAGGCAUUUCUCGGGUAUGAAAACAACCGUUUUAGCUUAAAUUGUCGAAAGAUCUUUCUCUAACCUUCUAGAUGAACUGAACGUGUGAAUACCGGUUUCAACGUUUUCCUUUCAAAUUGAAAAAAAAAUACUGUACUAAUGAGAACCGCCUGGAAGGGCUGUUGCCCGUUUUUUAAUGCAUGUAUCUGUCCUCGGUUUCCUCACGAAUUGUCAUGCGUCACAUUUAUUAUUUUGCUAAUAACCCUGGAUCUACGAGGAACUCUUUCACGUCGUAGCCCUAAUAAAUAACUGUUAGUGAUUACAUGCGCAAGCAAAUUUUACCUUUUAAAAUGAUCACGAGUAACACAAGUUCCCAUGGAAUUUUUGUUAACAAUUAUUAAAAAAAAAAACAGAGCUUGACAUGAUCCGCGGAUUCAUGUUCUUUUUUCCUCUCUCCCAAGUGUUGACGGGAUAAUGGUCUAUAUUCCUAAGGACGUUCCAAGAAAUCGCGAGGAACUUCUGGACUAUUUAGCGCUGAUGAAAGCUUCCCCUCCUGAACAAAGACAGACCGAAGAACUUGAAUCCACAAAAGCUCACUACGAAGAGGCCAUGACUGAGCUCCACUACACCCGAGAAAUUCAGCUGCUUGAGCUACUUCAAGAGGCGCUCAAGGAUAACAGUACCCAGCUGGAAAUCCUGAAGCCAUUUUACGCCUUAAGUCUCCUCCUGCUAAGCUCAUCGAACGUACAGGCCCCAGCCGAGCUUAAAGUUGAACUUAGCUUGCACGAUCAUCACAGACAGAAGCGCUGCCUGGACUUGAGAAGCGAUCCAUACAGUAACAACUGCCGAGGCAUGUGUGGUCCGAAGUGCUGGUGCUGGAAAUUUGUCUGUGGUGACUGCUGCUGGAAUCAAGGAUGUUACGAGCACGACCUGUGUUGUGGUGCUAAAGGUUAUUUUCAUGAAUACUGCCGUGGCCUGUUUAAACAUGGUUUUAACUGUUAUAGUUACGGCGCUUACCCGCAAUGCAUGUACUGAGCUAUUUCGUAUGGUCGGUGAUUUUCGGUAUAGCAGCAGUUUAGGAUCGAUUACCGUCACGAGUCAGAUUUUGCUCAAUUACGCUCUUAAAAUCGAAGAUAUUGAGAUUCAGCAAUAGCACCAGGUUUCCUCAUUAGCUUUAGUGCCAAUGCCCAUAAAUUGUGUAAUAAUUAAGAUUGUUUAGCUAAUCUACAUUUUAAAAGCCCGAUAUAUAUCAAAAACGAGACACAAUGUUUCAACGGGAUAUCCAAACACCGAGAAGAGAGUUGAAAAUACGACGCGCAGGGGAG